GGGUCAAGUUAAUUUUUCCAGUUUAGGAAUAUUGUACUUGCAAAAUGUCAUUUAUUUCACGAUCUGCACAAUUAACAUCAUUAUGUAGACAUCAGCGUGGGAGAACUAAGUUCUGUGAAUUCUUAGCACGUCAUAGUUAUGCAACCGAGGCAAAGGAUUUGAAGAAAACAGUCCUGCACGAUUACCAUGUGAAACUUGGUGGCAAGAUGGUGGACUUUGCUGGAUGGUCGAUGCCAGUCCAGUAUAAGGAUUCCAUCAAGGAUUCUCACCUCCACUGCCGUAGUCAUGCAUCAGUAUUUGAUGUUUCGCACAUGCUCCAGACUAAAAUCUAUGGGAAGGAUAAAAUCAAGUUCAUAGAAAGCUUAACAGUUGCUGAUGUCCAAGGUUUGAAAGAGAAUCAAGGUUGUUUGUCUGUGUUCACCACAGAAUCGGGUGGCAUCAUUGACGAUCUAAUUGUUACCAACACAUCAGAGGAUUACCUAUUUGUUGUCUCAAAUGCUGGGUGCGCCGAGAAAGACUUUGCUUUAAUGAAGAAUAGAGAAGAGGAGUUCAAGGCCUGGGGUCACAAUGUCAAGAUAGAAAAAUUAGAUAAUGCACUAUUAGCAGUGCAAGGUCCAGGUAUGAUAAAGGCGUUAGACCCUGGUUUAGGGAUACAAUUGGAGAGUCUGCCUUUUAUGACCAGUGUGACAACAACAGUUUUUGGAGUGCAAAAGUGCCGGGUGACGCGAUGUGGUUACACUGGAGAAGAUGGAGUGGAGAUAUCAAUCCCACAAGACAAGGCCGCAUUUAUCACUGACUGGUUGUUGCAUUCUUCCGAUGAGGAGGUCCGCCUAGCUGGUCUUGCUGCCAGGGAUAGUUUACGGUUAGAAGCAGGGUUAUGUUUAUAUGGUAGUGAUAUCGAUGAGACUACCAAUCCCAUCGAAGCUGGCUUAGCUUGGACUAUUAGUAAAAGGCGACGAGCUGCAGCUGAUUUUCCAGGUGCUCCUGAAAUUCUCCAGACAUUGAAAGAGAAACCAAAGAAAAGGAGGGUAGGCUUCUUAUCAGUCGGAGGUGCUCCUCCACGAAGCGGUGCUAAGAUAUUUGACAGUGAAGGUGGAAAAGAAAUUGGUUACAUCACAAGUGGCUGUCCAUCGCCAUCUUUACGAGUCAACGUCUCGAUGGGUUACGUGGAGACGCCAUUUUCAAAGAUAGACACUCACUUAAAAAUUCAAGUGCGGAAUAAAUUUGUGGAAGCGACUGUAACAAAAAUGCCAUUUGUACCGGCAAAUUAUUUCUUUAGCAAGAAAUGAAGUUGUGUUGAUCAAUAGACUUGUCACGUGCUUGGAACAGUUUGGUCCAUGUAAUAUCAGUGGACAACUUUUUAUAUUCAAUUGGUUUGUGUUUACUGUAACUUACUUGAACUUUGGACUUUGUCUUCAUGUGAAUGAUUCAAAGGGACAACUUGGGCUCGCAAUUUACUUAGUAAUUUACUUACUUACUUAGCAAUUUAUUUAGUUUGGACAAGGUCUGUUGAUUUCAGGCGACUGUUAUUGUGAAGUGCUUUGGUACAGGCCCUUGUUGGUGAUAAGCGCUAUAUAAAUACCACCAAUUUUAUCAUGAGUCAACCGCUGUCCAUUCAAGUCAAGUGCAGUGUUAUCAUCUUUUGGAGUUUAGUGAGUCAGUUAAAGUGCACCAUUUCUAACAUAGUUGAUCCAAUAUUGUACUAAUUUUCUUCCAGUAGCUGUUUUGAUGGAACUGCUGCUUCAGUAAUGUAAACUGCUAGAGAACAGCUUUGUUCAUUGGUUUCCCUGAGAGAAUAGUUUUAAUAUUUUUGUUGUUGUGCAUGUGGUUUGAAUGUAACUUUUAAUCGACAGAUUUACCUUCUCAAAUUAUGAUUGAUUAUGUUUUACGACUUUUGACAAUGUGUUCUACUAACUUUUAAGGUUGACCAUAGGUACUACCAUUUUGGCACCAUUUUGAAAUCCUAAAGCAAUUAGAAAUCCUUCAAAAUGAAGUGAAAACCCAUUCAAUACCCUGAAGGCCGUUCUCUGGAAAACAAAGAACAGACUCCCGUCCUUGACAUUGUCAUUCACGUGUUUAUGAAGGAGUUCUAAUUGCGUUAUGAUUUCAAGUUCUAGCCCAAAUGGUGUUGCCUAUGGUCAAUCCUUAAAUUCAUAAGUUGAGCAGGAUACAGUGUCAAUAAUGGAUCCUUACCCCAUCCUUUUGGAGACGACAGAGCCAAAGUUAGUAUUCCAAUUUGAUCUCAGUCAUACUAAGCAAUGCGUGAUAAACAGUUGUGAUGACGACAUUCAGACUUGUCACAUUUGUCUCUAACAGGGUAUUGCCAUCUCAAAAGGCGCUGCCAAACACAAAGGUAUGUGUCAAAAUUCAAACAGAAUUGAUGUCACGACAAUACAAUUCCCUACUUACAGUCAGAGGCGGCUAAAGUUACUUGCCCUGUUCUUAUUUACACUGUAUGAAGCCUUCAGAGCAAAUACAUGUAUAUCUCACAGAUGCAUGUAACUAGGGUGUUGUUGUUUAAUUGUCUUGAUCAAAAUCUCAGCGACCAUUCUGCCUGAAUAAUGUUUUGUUAAAAGCCUGUGCUUCAUAUUCUAAAAACCAGUGCUUGAAUUUACUCGGGGAUGUUGUCCAAGAAUCUUGAGAUGUGAUCUGAAAAUGCUAAGGUUUAGUACAAAUCUCAUGUGUUUCUAAUGUCUAAAUGUGCCAAAUCGUCAUUCAGCUGAAAUUGGUACUCAAAGUGAUAAUGUGAACUGAAACACAACCGUGUGUGAAAAUUGACUAAUAGUUACUGCAAUACACCUAUUGUUACCGGGUACCCAAAGUACUUGAUACUAGUAUUUUUUUUAAAUAUAUCAUUGUAUGAGAUAUGGCUGAA